AUGUCUUGGGAAGAUUGUGAAGAUCAAGUAUUGAGCGAAUAUGAUAUCAAUACUUAUCCUUCAUUCUUAGUUUUCAAAUCUAUGAGAUUGGUGAGUAAUUUCUCAUCAGAAACAGUGUUUGUUUUGUUAGCAAUCUUUGUUGCUACCAUUCAAGCGGCUAAUCCUUUUGACACAAAUAAUAGACCAUUCGUUAUCGGUGGUAACUUUAAGAGAGUCGAAAAGAAGACUCCUUCUGCUUCCUUUGCCUGUUAUAACACAACACUUGGUGAUUGGACUGAUUAUAGAUGGGUUGAUGCUCAAUACUCUGCUACCCAACCUGCCUAUUAUGGUCUCGUCUAUUGGAAUUUAGAAUCCACUACUGUCCUUACCACAGUUAAUACAGUUAUGGAUUGUGCAACAACUCCAGUCAUGUAUAUGAGUUAUGAUCAAAAGAAGAUUUAUGUUGGUGCUAUCUUUACCAGAGUUGGUACAAAUAGCUAUGCUACUGAAGUUCCACAAAAGUACAGAAUCUUCUCCUUCGAUAUUUCAUCUCUCCCAACUUUGGCUGCACCAACUGAUGUUACCUCAAGCUAUGGUUUGAGUACUACCUAUUCAUUGUCUACUCCAAUUGCUGUUUAUGCUGUUUCUAAUGGUAAUCAAUUGCUUUUUGCUUACCCUGGUACUACUAAUCCAGCUUUUGUUGUCUUUGAUCCUGCAAGUACUUCAUGGAAGGAAAUUAUUGUCACUGUCAUUAGAAGUAAUGCCAAUGGUUAUCUUGCUUUGCACUCUGGUACUGGUGAAUUGUAUGCCAAGUCAUUCGAUACUACUUCACCAUAUGCUUCAUCAUUCUGGAAGUAUGAUUCUACUAAUUCUAAUUACUUUGUCAAUGUUAAGACUUUGGCUUCAUCUACCUACGUUACAACUAUCAAUCAAGCUGCUAAUUAUAUUGCUCAAUGGACUGUUGGUACUGGUGGUUUAUAUUAUACUGUUAACAUUCCAAAUCCAUCUUUCACUAACUUUGAAAAUGGUAUGCAAAAUGUUCAAAAGAUUACCUUGACUCCAUCUCCUUCUGAUCCUGUUUCAUUGUCAAAGAAUCGUCUUACUAUUGUUACUGAUAGAACCUCUGUUGAUACUCUUCCAGUUUCUGCUUCAAUUAGUUACAUUUAUUAUGAUGAAAAUAUUAAGCAAUUGGUUGUCGUUUUGGGUGAUAAUGGUUAUCAAGUUAUUGGUACUAGAGAUUCUGAUUCUACCAAGCAAAAGUAUGAACUCACUUAUAGAUUCCAAUCUGUUGGUAAGAUUGUUGCCUACGAUGCUACCACUGAUGCUUAUGUUGUUCCAUACGGAGGUGCUUUUGAAACUGUUCCAACCAGAUUCAAUAUCUAUCCAUCAACUGCUUCUGUUUCUUGUUUCUCUACUGCUACUUAUUAUAGAACUUGGGCUCCAAACUUUGCUGUUUAUGAUCAAGGAAAGGAUAUGUUCGUUGCUGAAAACUUGUUGAGUGGUCAAAUUGAUUAUGAUUGGCAAAAUAAUAAGGAUGCUUCAGUUACUGCUGUUGAAAAUUCUGAUGAUUCAAGUGUUGUCUAUGUUGGUGGUUAUUUCAGAACUAUUAGUGGUGUUGUUUAUAACUCAAUUGUUGCUCGUACUAAGACUGGUUUGGUUGCUUUGGGUACUGGUCUCAGAGUUCAUAACUUUGAUUUCAAUACAUUCGAUAAUACUCCAGGUACUGUUAAGAAAUUGGUUAGAUCUAAGGAUAACAAAUACUUGUUUGUUUCUGGUACUUUCAAUAGAGCUGGUGAUUUGUGGGUUAAUGGUUUGGCUUAUUGGAAUAUUGAAAAGAAGACUUGGAACAAGCUUGAAACCAACUCAAUGGAUAGCAUUAAUGAUAUCGAUUAUGAUGGUAGAUAUUUAUAUGUUGUUGGUUCUUUGACUAGAGCUGGUAAAUAUGUUGUUAAGAAUGCUGCUAGAUUUGAUAUGGAAUCUCAAACAUGGUUGCCAAUGAAUGAUGGUUUGUCUUCUGCUGCCUCAGUUGGUGUUGUUGUUGAUGGUAAAUUCGUUGCUUGGGGUUCAAAUGGUGGUUCUGGUGUUUCAUUCUGGCAAAAUUUGGCUGUUUGGUCAUCAAACUCAUGGAAGGCAAUUGAAAUGGAUGCUGCUAACAAUAAUGGAUGUUACUCUGAUAGAGAAGUCUGUAUUUCUAGUGUUCCAUUGACUGCUGUCACUUAUUUCAAGGGUAAGAUUUACUUCUUGAGUGCUGGUACUGUCUAUGUCUCUGAUACUUCAAUGAGUAAGGGUACUUUAUAUGCUAGAGGUUCUCUUGGUACUAUUAAUGCCAAGACUCAAUUCUUCAAUUAUCCAAAGUCAAAUACUAUUGGUGUUGCUUCAAUUGGUGGAGUUGAAUUCGUUGAAUAUAACAUUGAUACUAAGAAUAUUCAACAUACUAAUACUAGAGAUAGUUAUGUUCUUGCUGAUGCUCCAAUUGCUCCAAAGAAUGUCUUUGCUGUUGUGCUUUGAUUGCUUCAUUGAUGGUUACAUUGUUCUUUUAAAUAAAUUAAAUUUUCCACUAGAAA